AAAAAAAAAGAAGAUUGUUUCAUCUUCUCAUAUAUAUAAAAUUUAAAAAAAGGUCUUUAGAAAACUGAAAUCGUUUUUUAAAUCGAAGCUGCUGAUGUGAGAUUAUUUAUUUCGUUUAAUUUUAUUUGUCAUUAAUUACAACUUUGAUAAAAUCACAAACUAAAGAGUUAGAAGAAGCAUGGGUAACUACUAUUGUGCAGAUAAAAAAGAAUUGAUCAAACAGUUCAACAAAAACUGCUCCGCAAGAAACCGAUACACACCUAUUGAACUCGAUAAUAGCGUAAAUGGAUUUAAACUACCACUUUCUGAGCGGGAAAUUGAAGCUUUGAAAGAUUCAUGGGAAAAAGUGCGAACAAAAUGGGUUGAUAUUUGUGGAAUAGCGUUUUCCAGAUGGUUUACGACGUAUCCGGAGUUAAGACAGAUUUUUAAAAGUUUUUCACAAUACCCCACAUUAGAGGAGGCACUUGCAUCUAAAGAACUUGGUUUCCAUGCAAAAAAGUUGCAGUCUGUUGUUGAUGCUGUUAUUUGUAAAGUAGAUAAAAGAAAAGAAUUGAUGGAUAUACUAUUGACAGUAGGAAGAUCGCACUUCAGCCUGGGGGCUCAACACACGCAUUGUACGGCUCUUGCAACGUGUCUACAAUUUGGUUUAUGCGAAACAUUUAAAGACUUAGAUCUAUUAACAGAGAGUGCAUGGGACAGUUUAUUCCAAUUUAUAAUGGAUAUUUUGAAAUAUGGAAUAAGAUUAGAAGAACACGAGUUAAAAUCAUUAACAGAAAAAAAGACCAGUAAAAAUCAGAAUGAGAGCAAAGAGUCCAGUUCCCAGUCCUAAACAUAAAACCUCUUGGUAUGCUACAGAUGUUUUUUCUUUGAAAAACAUGUUAGGAAGUAGUUUACUUCAUUACAUUCCAAUAAAGAUUGAGUUUUAUUAUAUUUCUUAAAGUCAAAGUCGUUGCUACCUACUUCCUAGAAACCAUAAUCUUAUUUAGAGCCUAAAUAAAAACUGAUUGACAUUUUUUGCAUUACUAAUUAGCCUUUUAGGAUUCUAACUCAAAUUUAUUCGGUUCAAAAAUCGCAACCUACAGAACUAUAUAUAAUGUUUAACAAAAUAUAACGUCAAGAGAUCAAAGAUUCUGUUUAUAUAAGCAAGUGUUGACUGUAAUAUAUUUUAAACUGUAUAAAUAAAACAGAAAUGUAUUAUGACAUUAUUCGAUAUAGUAAAAUAUAGUUUUUUAACACGAAGUUAACAUUUAUAAAUAUUUAAUAGCAAA